AUGGCCCCGGCGCAAGAAGUCGACGACUUCGGUCUGCCGAUCCGGAAGUUCUCGAGCGAUCCGGUGGAGGCCGACCCGGCCACGAAAGCGGUGGGCAAGGACGAAACCGACGGCACAAACGAUGCUGCAGACAAGACGACGAGAGACCUGACAACCAAGAAGAGCCCGGCGGGCGACAAGGAGUCAGGGGCCACAGAACAAAAGCCGCAAGAGGGAAGCUUGAAGGCUCCGAGCAAGAUGGACCAACCUUCGGCGGGGAACAGCGACGAUGAGGACUUCCAAAGCGCCCAGGCCACGCCUGUGCCCGGCACGCCAGCGAACGAACGGGCCGACGCCUCCAAGGAGAAGGCGGAAGAUCCUGAAGCUCCCAAGACCCCUGUGCCGCCACCUACAGAGGAUAGAGAAUCGGCCAAGACACCGGUGCCACCAGAAACAAAGACAUCCCCUCCCGCCGAUAGUAAGCCCAAGAGUGAGGACGACAACGCAGAACGCGAACCGAAACCCACCGAUACGAACGAGACCAAACGUCAAAGAUCAGACACUACGUCUUCUGUCCAAGCCAUAUCGGGCCCUUCCAUACGGCAGAUAGAAGCCAGCAAAAAAGCCGAAGAGGCGAAGGAGGCAAAGAAGACGCAAGCGGUAGACCACAGCCGCGAUACCAGCGUCGCUAGCAUGGGCGAGUUCUCCCACCAGCAGCUGGCCACCCACAAGGACGAAGAAAAAAACGAUGACGACGAUGGCUGGCAGACCAUGCCUGCCUAUGCGCCGUACGAUAUUUACGACGACGACAACCGACUGAUUGCAAAGGAGCACAACGAGGACGAGGACGAGACAUACGGUUACGCCGGCCUCGGCGGUGCCGGCAGGGGCUACACUCGGGUUCUGGACGAUGAAGACGCCCAAUCUGAGAACAGCAUGGACGAUGACACGAGAUACCUCUUCAAGGACCCGAAGAGCACGAGCAUGGUGGACGACGAGCAGGAACAGCGAGAUGCCGUCUCGCAGUUGCAAGCUACCAAGGACCUCCUAACCGAGGGUCAGAGGAUCGCAUACGUCGGUGUGACUCGAGUGGAGCUCUACGAGAUGCAGAAGCAAGCUGAGUAUGAGUAUACCAAGAAGACGAAGAAAUAUGUCCAGACGGCGGCGGAAGCCACGAGGAUGUGGUCACAAAAGAUUAUGAUCCGGCUGUAUGCCCACAUGGAGAUUAGUCCCCCGGAACAGGUCAUGAUAGAGCAGUUGGCCGCCCACGGCGUCAGGCCUGAGGAUCUCACGCCCGUUCUCAUGCAAAAUUCAAGAGUCAAGAAUCCCAUGGCGGAGGAACCAAGCUCAACGUCGACGCCCGCCACACCGAAGGCAGGCGGAGGGACUAGCCCGCGUGCGUCUAUCUCAGGCACAUCGCAGGAGGAGCAGCCGGCAGCAGUCCCUCCCCCUUAUGAGGCCCACACCAACGAGGGCGAGGAGAUGCCAGACGUCAAAACGCCAUCACAACUACCGCAUACGCAGAAGAUUGAUAUUGACCUUCGGUGGACUGUGCUUUGUGACCUGUUCCUGGUCCUGAUUGCCGACUCUAUCUAUGACGCGAGGUCGAGGGUGUUGCUAGAGCGUGUGGCCAAGAGCCUGGAGGUUCCCUGGAUAGACGUCUGCAGGUUUGAGAAGCGCGUUACGGACGCAUUAGAGAUGCAACAGGCUGCCGAGAAGGAGAACUGGAACGAGGAUGAACAUUUGGAGAACAGGAGGAAGCUCGCCCUGAAGAAGCGAUAUGUCAUGAUGGGUCUCGCGACAGUCGGUGGCGGUCUCGUCAUUGGUCUGUCGGCCGGCCUUCUCGCACCCCUCAUCGGAGCUGGCCUGGCAGCCGGAUUUACGACUAUAGGUGUCGGCGGAACGAGCUCGUUUCUCGCUGGUGCUGGAGGCGCUGCUAUCAUCACAUCUGGCGCCACCGCCUCGGGUAGUUUCAUGGGUGCCAAGGCCGCCAGUCGGAGAACCGGGUCCGUGAAGACUUUCGAGUAUAGGCCAUUGCACAACAACAAGCGGGUCAACCUGAUCGUAACGGUCUCGGGGUGGAUGACGAGUAAAGUCGAUGAUGUCCGUUUGCCAUUUAGCACCGUCGACGCAGUUAUGGGCGAUAUCUAUUCCAUUCUAUGGGAGCCCGAGCUUUUGACCAGUAUGGGUGACACCAUCAACAUUCUGGCCACUGAGGCCCUCACCCAAGGACUGCAGCAAGUUCUGGGCAGUACAAUAUUGAUUGGUCUCAUGGCUGCUCUGCAGCUGCCUGUUGUGCUCUCGAAGCUAUCGUAUCUAAUCGAUAACCCCUGGGCUGUCUCAUUAGAUCGCGCAUGGUCUGCAGGUCUCAUUCUUGCAGACUCCCUCAUUGACCGAGGUCUAGGCACGAGACCCAUCACUCUUGUAGGCUACUCUCUGGGUGCUCGGGUGAUUUUCUCCUGCUUGUUGGAGCUGGCACGGAAGGGCGCCUUCGGCCUAGUCCAGAAUGUUUACAUGUAUGGAUCACCUAUUGUGGUCAAGACGGACGAGUACCUGAAAAUUCGCACCGUAGUGGCGGGCAGGUUUGUCAACGGAUACAACAAGAAUGACUGGAUCCUUGGUUACCUCUUUCGAUUGACGAACGGUGGCAUUCGCCGAGUCGCGGGCCUGGCGACGAUAGACAACAUUCCGGGAAUUGAGAAUAUGGACUGCACCGAGUUUGUCGUGGGACACAUGGACUAUCGACAAGCGAUGCCAAAAUUGCUACGAGAGUGUGGCUGGCUCGUUGAGAGCGACGAGUUCGGCGAGAUCGAGGACCCCGAUCCUGAGCAACACCGGGAGAGACAGCGGGAGCUUAUCAGUGAGAUUGAAGAGGCUCGUAAAGAACUCGAGAAGGAGGGCCAGGGCAAGAAGGGAGGCGCUUUCAGCUUCUUCUCGCGGAAGAAGAAGCAGCGCGCGGAAUGGGAAGUUUACGAGGACAACAAGGGCCAACCAGGCCCGGACGGUUCCACGUCCGAGGACAGAGCCGGCAACAAUCACGGCGUACUGUUCGACGUCGAUGCCAUCAGAGCCGAGCUUGCAAAAGAGCAGAACAAAGACGGCGAAGUAGAGGAGCUCCAGGUCAGAGAGCUUCAGUCGACUCUACCACCGAUCAAGAUCCGAUCACCAUCACUAUCAGAGAACCCCCGCGCGGCCCUGCGUGAGACAAAGAGCGACGACGCAGCGACAACUCUACGGAGCGUGUCCUCUCCCGGCUUGGGGGCCUCACAGGACCGGACACCCACCAUGCCCAGUUCGAGCUUCGGCUACCACAGCCCGAAUCCAUCACAGUCGUACGGGCUGGAUCACGGCGCCGAUGAGAUCCAGAUGACGUUCGACGAUGGAUAUCGGGCGCCGGAGUCCAGCAAAGCCCAGGAUGCCUACUCUGCAGCCCCGGCGAGACCGGAGAUCAAAUCGAGCCAGACGACACCGAACAUGGCGUUGCAUGAUCCUUGGGCCGACGACGACGAGGAGUUCGGGAAGGAGAAGGAAAUCCAGAUGACUUUUGCGUAG